AAAGUAGCGAUUUUCAGAAAAUGCAUUUACCACAGCAAAAAGCUGUGUUUGUUAUUAAGACCUGUGAACGAUCGGGAAGUAACCAAGAUACCUUUAUUUAGCUUGAUAUUAAUGUUACUUCUUUUGAAAGUUUUGUAUCAAAAUGCUCAGCCUACGACCGUCUGAUAUUCACUAUUCGCAGGAUUCGAUUAACAACUAUUUCGACUCGAAGUGUAAUCACAGUGGAGUGUUAAUCGGACAGACAUUGGACGAUAUUUGCGACGGAAGGACAAACAUAAACAGUAUUCCACGAAUCACUGUUGUGAACCGGAACGGGAAAUGGGUUACAGCUGACAAUCGGCGCCUCUGGUUGUUUCGGCAGCUGGAGCGACUCGGGAAAUGUACUAACAUUAACGUCUAUGAAGGCUACUCUAUACCUGCCGCGAAACUGACGUCAACUAACGGCGGUGUUACGGUGUACGUACGCAGAAGUCCGGGCGGCAACUGGCACAGCCGGUCGGCAUCAUUCUAUAACGACAACAGCGUGUUCCGAAAUGUGCACGACAUCUACGGUGCGAGGCCGUACAGUAGCGAAUCCAGUCGUAUCAAUCACAGCUACUCGUCGCCGCCCACACGAGUACAACCAACUCACUACGAAUAUCCACAACACUCGUAUUCGGAACCUCGCAAGAACGACUCGUGGUGUAAUAUUCUAUAAAAACUUAGUUGUUAACGACCAUACUCUUAAUUGUAUGGAAUGCAUUUAACACCAGUGCCGCUGUAACGUUUUUCUUAUGUAUUUGCAAAGUUGACUUUUAUACGUGGACACUUUGUUGUGUUAUCUACAACAAUGUUCCCGAUAUAAACUUAAUGUCAAGCGAUUAUUCUAUGUGUCAACCUUUUAAAACAGAAUGCGGAUGAUUUAAAAAAAAACACACACACUGAAGAAUGAGAACCAGAAAAUAAAAGAAACUGCAGUUUUAAUCAAGUGUUAAUAAUAUUCUGUUGUUUAUAUUUGUUUGUUAAAGAUUGCGAGACAGGUUGACAUUGAAUUCGUAUAGUCUCGCUUUAAUUUCAGAGUUUUAUCUUAUACUAAUAUUGUUAAUUUAUAUAUGUGUUGUUACUUGCAUGUGCAGUGAACUAUUUGUUGUAUGUGUAUACAUACUUGAGGAUAAAUAUUCUUUUCUGUUCUGCUAUAUUACUAAAUCAGUAUACACAUCAAUGUGUUCAUUAUAGAUUCAAUAAUAAAACACGCAUAUAAAAGUUCACUUUUUAUUUAUUUUCUGACCAUUGUGUGUAAUGUUCUUUAAAAGUGAUAUAGUGUUAAUAUAUUUAAAUGAAACUUGAUUGGUCUAUUAAUGUUUCAGUUUUUUUUCAGAUUGCAUUGCUCGUAUUGAUUUAACUUAUUAUAAAGUUUAAUAAGAUGAUAUAUGUUUUUGCGUAUAUAUUAUUAUGUUACUGUGUUGUUGUUUUUUUAAUUAUUUCUCGCAUGUUUU